CGUGCUCCAAAACUCUGCAAGCUAGGGUUUGGAGACGACAGGCCUCUCCUUCGAGAUUCCUUCCGGUUGCAAAGACCCCCUCCUCUUCUUGCUACUCACUUCUCCACCGCCGGAUAGUGUACUUGCAGAUCCGAUUAGGUGCGCCAUCAACCCCUGUUUCUCCAAGGUUUCUGUUUUUGCAGAUCCGGUUAGGCGAGCCAGAUCUCUACUCCAUCACUCUGUUUUUGCCACUGCAACAGCAUCCCAACGAUGGCUGAGGAGGAUAUUGGGUCUAUGCUUAGCCGAAUUCGAAUUGCGGAGAAGGACGAUGGGAUUCUUCCACUAUAUACGACGUGGAAGCAAAAUGAAGCUAAUGUGGGCAGGUUGCGGCUGGUUGGGAAACUGCUAUCUCGACGGCGGGUUAAUCUUAAUGGCUUACAUAAUGCUUUAAUGGCCUCUUGGAACCCUAAGCACGUUUUCAAAUUUUCAGAGAUUGGAGAAAAGAUCUAUCUUUUUCAAUUUUUUGAUAUUGGAGAUCUUAACAAAGUCAUCCAUAGGGGUCUUUGGAACUUUAGUAACUCACUAUUCAUCCUCAAAAGAUUUCAGGCCUCCCUAACUCCAGAGCAAUACAAUUUCUCUACGAACCCAUUUUGGGUCAGGAUCUUCGAUGUCCCGGUCGGGUUGCACUCUGAGCAGAUUGGUUUCAUGAUUGGAAGCUCUUUAGGAAAAGUCCUAGAGGUGGAUGAGGGAUUCAAGAAAGCCAUUAGAGUUUGAAUCAAAUUGGACGUCGAGAACCCACUGCGAAGGUUCAAGACUUCGCAACUUACUAUUACUGAAAGUAGGAACCUCAGGAUUAAAUAUGACAAACUCCCAGAGUUUUGUUUUGUAUGUGGGUGUUUGGGUCAUGUUAAGAAUGAUUGUGAAAUUGCUCACUGUAUUAAAGAUGCAGGUGGUAAGAUUAUCCGACGUUUUGGUUCUUGGUUAAAGGCUGAAUUUGAGAACUCAUGGUGUCUGGACAACUUUGCUAUUUUGGAUGAUUCUUUCUCCACAAAUACCCAAUUUUUGGGGGCUGCUAAGCGAGUAGAUGACCCACAGCACUCUGCACA